CCUUCCCGCGUUGAUUUACUUUCUCCACCACUAUUAAUGCGAGGACGGCCCAACCGCAACCCCUCUCUCGUCAUCUCGUCGUCCGGGGGGCUCUCCAACUCUCCAUCCUCUCUGAUCGCUUCCCGUCCUGUCCCGCUCCCGGUUCGCGCGCCACGCACUCGACACGCCUCCCGUUGCUGCUCCCCCACCGCGCAUCCCUCCGCUCCCCCCGCGAGGCCGCGACCGCCUCCGCACCGAGAUCCUCAGCAAUCGGCGCGGGCAUGCCGUCCUAGCCUCUACUGGGCUAGUGGGCUCCCCCCGUUUUAUGGCGAUCCUGCGCAGGCGCGGGUACAGUGCCGCCGUUCCCAGCGCCUGCUUCUUCCUCCUCCUCCUGCUGCUGCUGCUCGUCCUGUCCGACUCCCGCCUCCUGCCCACUCGCCGGGGCCAUGGCGGCGUCCUAGAAGGGGUGGUCCUUAGGGGGAGUGGCUCUGGUUCUGGUUCGUCGUCGUCUGGCGAGGAGCAGCGGAGCUGCCAGGAGCUGCAGUCCAUCGCGGGCGGGGAGGCCAGGUGCCUCUACCUCCAGACGCACCCGCCAUGCGCGCCCGCGGGGUACGUGGAUUACCUCCGGCUCUUCUACUGCGGGUUCGCCCACGCGCCAGCGGCGGGGUACGCGGCGGCCGUGCUCUGGCUGGUGGUGCUCUUCUACCUGCUCGGCGACACCGCGUCCGAGUACUUCUGCGCGUCGCUCGAGGGGCUCUCGGCGGCGCUGCGGCUGCCGCCGGCUAUCGCCGGUGUCACGCUGCUGUCGCUCGGGAAUGGCGCGCCGGAUGUGUUCGCCAGCGUCGUCUCCUUCGCGGCCGGCGACGGCGGGGGCGUCGGGCUUAACAGCGCGCUCGGCGGCGCGCUGUUCGUGUCCACCGUUGUCGCUGGGGUGGUCGCGCUCGCCGCCGCCUCGCGUGCCGGCGGAGGCGGCGUUGUGGUGGAGCUACGCGGGUUCGUGCGCGACAUCUGCUUCCUCCUCCUCGCGCUCUGCUCCCUCCUCGCCAUACUAGUGACCGGCACGGUCACCGUCUGGGUGGCCGCGUCCUUCGUCUCGCUCUAUGCCGCCUACGUCCUCCUCGUCUGGACCUCCCAUUGCUGCUCCGAGCCGGGCAAGCCGCCGCAGGCAGAACUCACCGCGCCGCUCCUCCUCGACGACGACGACGGCGUCACGUCUCUGCCGUCCUACUCCAAGACCUCAACGCCCUCGAGAACAAGAGCUUACCUGCAUUGGCUCCUCUCCGCAAUCCGCAUGCCGCUGUACCUCCCGCGCCGCCUCACAAUUCCGGACAUCGCCGCGCACCGCUGGUCCCGCCCCUGCGCCGUGGCGUCCCUCGCGCUGGCGCCGGUCCUCCUCGCCGCCACCUGGACCUCGUCGUACCGUCACGGCCUCGCUCUUCUCCUCGGCGGCGUCUUCCUCGGCCUGCUCCUCGGCGCGCUCGCCGCGGCCACGACGGACGCCGCCUCCCCGCCCCGCGGGCGGUGGCGCCGCGUGCCGUGGCUGGCGGCGGGGUUCCUGAUGAGCGUGCUGUGGGCGUACACCCUGGCGCGCGAGCUGGUGGCGCUGCUGGUGGCAAUCGGGUACAUGGUAGGCGUGAAGGCGAGCGUGCUGGGCGUGACGGUGCUGGCGUGGGGGGACUCGCUGGGCGACCUGGUGUCGAACGUGGCCAUGGCGCUGCACGGCGGCGCCGGCGGCGCGCAGACGGCGGUGUCCGGGUGCUACGCGGGCCCGCUGUUCAACACGGUCGUCGGUCUGGGCCUCUCGCUGGCGCUGGCGGCGGGGUCCCAGUACCCGGCGCCGUUCGCGAUCCCGGCGGGCGGGGCGGUGUACGAGGCGGUGGGGUUCCUCGUCGCCGGGCUGGCGUGGGCGCUGCUGGUGGUGCCGGCGAGGGGGAUGCGGCUGGACCGGGUGUACGGCCUGGGCCUCAUCGCAAUCUACCUCGCCUUCUUCGCCAUCCGCGUCUUCGACAGCCUCGGCCUCUGGACAUACUAGCCUAGCCAGCAACCACCAAACUCCCCCAAGCGACCGUGCAGUGCAACUAACCUACCACUGCUCUCGGAGCGCCAUCAAUGGCGGCCACUCAUGUAGCACGUACUCCACCUACCUAGCUAGCGGUAGCAACCUAGUGAGAUCGAGCGAUAGAUCAAGACCAGAUUUUUUUUGUUUGUGUACAUGACUCACAAGAGCCUUCAGCUAACAACAGUGAUGUCGCAACUGUUCAUAUCUUCGUUUGGCAUCCUGUCGCAAUCCGCCAUUAACCAACGGGUACAAGGAUUAAUUUCUUCAUUUGCACUCACAGGUCACAAACAACAGCAUCCCUCCCGAUCGAUCGACCGACCACUCGAUCCCCCCACGUUUUUACGACGAUCCGGGCAUCGACCGUCGGUUGGUCGAGCCAUUCGCAGGCCGGGGGACCAGUGGCGUCCAUUAGUUCGUCACGUGUGCUUUCCCGUUUAGUACUCGUAUUAGCGAGGCCUGUCGCUUGGGCGUCGUCGUCUUCCUUCCUCCUCUCCGAGAGCGAGGUCGGGGACAAAUCGAGGAGGGGAGGGCGGGCCUUGUUCCGCGAACUAGACGCAACGUCGGCUAAUUGGUGGUUUAGUUUUAGAUGUUGAUUUUUGCGUUGCCCUUUCAGAAGAAAAGGUUAGGUGAUUGCAUCAUCUUCGUGUUUCUUCUUGUCAACCUAUGCACUAAACUUGUCAUCUUCGCACACUAAUUGGCCUUCUUUAUUUGGGGGGCAGCAUCUAAUCUGCAUGCUACAAUAAUGCUGAACUUUCUGUAAGAUAACAUCAACGAUAAUUUUGUACUCUCUCUUUUUUUUUAAUUGACCACCUUUAAAUUUAGGUUUGACUCUUUGUACAAUGAACAUUUGCUCAUGUAAUGGCCAAAUAAGGCUUACCUGCUCUUAUAACAAACAUAUGUUAAUAAUGGAUU